GCUCCUCCCGCGCUCGUCUCUCCACCAAUGAGAGAAAUGGUUACCAUAGCAACGGCGUGGUGGCGUUAGCCAAUGGGGAAAGGUAGUAUUGAGUAGCGGCCGGACAGGACUGGAGCCGCCCCGAGGCACCGGCCGCCGGGAUGGCCUCCAGCUUCAAGAAGCCCUCGCUGGGAGCAGCGUCCCAGAGGAAGAAAUCGAGUCCCAAGCCGGAGCUGACUGAAGAGCAGAAGCAGGAGAUCCGGGAGGCCUUCGACCUGUUUGACACAGAUGGCACUGGGAACAUAGAUGUUAAGGAGCUAAAGGUGGCCAUGAGAGCACUAGGGUUUGAACCUAAGAAAGAAGAGAUCAAGAAAAUGAUAUCAGACAUCGAUAAGGAAGGAACAGGAAAAAUUAGUUUCAGUGACUUCUUAGCAGUGAUGACCCAGAAAAUGGCUGAAAAAGAUUCUAAAGAGGAGAUUCUCAAAGCUUUCAAGCUCUUUGAUGAUGAUGAAACUGGCAAGAUCUCUUUCAAAAACCUCAAACGCGUAGCCAAAGAACUGGGUGAAAAUCUCACAGAUGAAGAGCUGCAGGAAAUGAUUGAUGAAGCAGACAGAGAUGGGGAUGGGGAAGUGAACGAGCAAGAAUUCUUGCGGAUCAUGAAGAAGACCAGCCUUUACUGAAACUGAAUUUUAUUUUUUUUGCACAUGUGUGUGUAUGUCUGG